UGAAAAGAAAUCUCUUGUUUCUUUUUAUUUCAGCGAAGGCGAGACAGAGAGGGCUGCCAAGGUAGAGGCGUUCCCUAGAGAACUGUAGCUUGACUUAGCGGCAGUUGGGUAGGAAGUUGCUGUAGUGAGCUCGUGCCCACCCGUGCCAUCAUCUACCUCCCAUCACUCUGGAGCCUCCUCGACGCGUCUCCCCAGGCAGCUGCGGCCACCUGGCUCCUGAGGCCAGCCUGAUGGCGGAGCCUCGCUUCAACAACCCCUACUUCUGGCCGCCCCCCCCCACCAUGCCCAGCCAGCUGGACAACCUGGUCCUGAUCAACAAGAUCAAGGAGCAGUUGAUGGCGGAGAAGAUCCGGCCCCCGCACUUGCCCCCCACGUCGGUGGCGUCGCAGCAGCCGCUGUUGGUGCCGCCGUCGCCCGCCGACGGCAGCCAGGCCAUCAUGUCCCUGCCCAAGCUGCAGCAGGUCCCCGGGCUGCACCCGCAGGCCGUGCCCCAGCCCGACGUGGCCCUGCACGCGCGGCCGGCCACCAGCACCGUCACAGGCUUGGGGCUGGCAUCCCGUGCGCCCGCGGUCAGCACGUCGGAAUCCAGCACGGGCACCGGCACCACCACGCCGUCGACCCCAACGUCCACCAGCCAGAGCCGCCUCAUCGCCUCCUCGCCCACCCUAAUCUCAGGAAUCACCAGCCCCCCCCUCCUCGACUCCAUAAAGACAAUCCAGGGCCACGGCUUGCUGGGGGCACCCAAGGCCGAGCGGGGCCGGAAGAAGAUCAAGGCGGAAAAUCCCUCGGGACCGCCGGUGUUGGUGGUGCCCUACCCCAUCCUGGCCUCGGGGGAGACCGCCAAAGAGGGGAAGACGUACAGGUGUAAGGUCUGCCCCUUGACGUUCUUCACCAAGUCGGAGAUGCAGAUCCACUCCAAGUCGCACACCGAGGCCAAGCCCCACAAGUGCCCCCAUUGCUCCAAGUCCUUCGCCAACGCCUCCUACCUGGCCCAGCACCUGCGCAUCCACCUGGGCGUCAAACCCUACCACUGCUCCUACUGCGAGAAGUCCUUCCGGCAGCUCUCCCACCUCCAGCAGCACACCCGCAUCCACACGGGCGACAGACCCUACAAGUGCCCGCAUCCCGGCUGCGAGAAGGCCUUCACACAGCUCUCCAACCUCCAGUCCCACCAGCGCCAGCACAACAAGGACAAACCCUACAAGUGCCCCAACUGCUACCGGGCGUACACGGACUCGGCCUCGCUGCAGAUCCACCUCUCGGCCCACGCCAUCAAACACGCCAAGGCCUAUUGCUGCAGCAUGUGCGGCCGCGCGUACACCUCGGUACGGUACACCCCCAAAAACACCCGGAAACACCCCCAAAAACACCCGGAAACACCCCAAAAAACACCUGCAAACAUCCCCCAAAACACCCGCAAACGCCCCCAAAAACACCCGCAAAUGUCCCCCAAAACACCCGCAAACAUCCCCCAAAAACACCCGCAAACGCCCCCAAAAACACCCGCAGACAUCCCCAAAAACACCCGCAAACGUCCCCCAAAAACACCCGCAAAUGCCCCCAAAAACACCCGCAAACGUCCCCCAAAAACACCCGCAAACGCCCCCAAAAACACCCGCAAACGUCCCCCAAAACACCCGCAAACGCCCCCCAAAACACCCGCAAACGUCCCCCAAAAACACCCGCAAACGCCCCCAAAAACACCCGCAAACAUCCCCAAAAACACCCGCAAACGUCCCCAAAAACACCCGCAAACGUCCCCCAAAACACCCGCAAACCCGCAAACAUCCCCAAAAACACCCGGAAACACCCCCAAAAACACCCGCAAACAUCCCCCAAAAACACCCGCAAACAUCCCCAAAAACACCCGCAAACAUCCCCAAAAACACCUGCAAACGUCCCCCAAAACACCCGCAAACAUCCCCAAGCCACCCCCAGAACACCCUGAAACACCCCCAAAACAUCCUGCAAUGCCCCAAAACACCCCUAGAAUGCCCUGA